AGCUGACCUUCAAAUGAAUUAUGGAUCAAUAGUUUAAUCAAUUUUAAAUUAUAAUUAUAUAUGAUAAAUUUUUUAGGGGUAGUCCCUUUUAUUUUAUUUCCACAAAAUAGCUCCAAAUUAAAAAAAUAAUUUUUUAUUAAAAUAUAAAAAUACAUUUAUACCAUAGAAUUUAAAGUUAAGUGGUGGAGUUUUGAAGAUAGAGUUUCAUAUUUAAAAAAAUAAAAAAAUUAAAAUUAAAAUUUUCAAAAUAAAUAGUCGUUUUCCUUAUUGAAGACUAUUUUGUGACAAAAGUUUUAAAAAAAUGUUAUUUGAGAAAAUUGCCCAUUAUAUAUACAUAUAUUAAAUUCUAACAAAUUAGAAACUAGAUAUAUAAUAAAAAAAUUAAAAAAAUUAAUAAAUAUUUAAAUGUCUAAUAUAAAUAAUAAAAUUAAUUUUUACAUUUAAAAUAAGCCAAAAGAAAAACAUCAAAGAUUCUAAUAACAUGUCAACAGAAAGAGUAAACUAAAUAAAUAAACAAAUAAUUAUAUUUUUUGCAGGCGUAAAUUAUAAUAGACGUAAAUGAAUAGUUGAUAAUCAAAUCUAUUUUUUUACUAUGCAUCUUCUUAAAUAUUGAUUCAUUAUAGUUACAACUUGAUGAAAAAAUAGUUUGAUUAAAAAAUUGUAUAGCUAAUAUUUGUAAAAUUAGAGCAUCACAUUCGACAUAUCCCCCACCAUUUAUCUAGACUCUCAUAAAUAUAUUAAAAUAUUAUAAAUAUAACAAUUUAAGUCGACUCAAAUUACAUGUCGGGUCAUCUAUCAGUUCAACCGGUAGCCAGGUCUCGGGUUGACGAUUUUAUUCGAUGAAAACGAGACUGAAGGGUAUACGAUAUUGGGCCACUCUAAAUACUGUUUACAAUUUGUUUGGUCUGUGUGUGGGUCUCUACUUGGGCCCAAAUUCGCGACAAUAACUCACAAAGUCCGUUACGGUUAGGUUGACAUGUGGGCCCCUUUUCUCGAGCCAACUUCAUUAUCUUUUCUCAACUAACACCAUAUAUUAAUCAAGUUUGAUCAAUAAUCUGUGUUACAUUAAUGUAGAAUCCAGAUCUAUCGGAUGAAUGUGAUUUACAUAGGCAAAUUAAAUUCUCUGUACUCUCGCUUUUUAGCAAGGAAAUUAGCACAUAGGCAAAUUAAAUUCUCUGUACUCAUCGCCUUUUAGCAAGGAAAUUAGCACAAACAUUUUCAACUAUCACCAUAUAUUAAUCAAGUUUGAUCAAUAAUCUGUAUUACAUUAACUCAAAGUAAAAAUAAUGUUCAAAAAGACGUGAUAUAUAAUUGGUGGAUGGGGCUAAUGGGUUAGUGGCUGAUCAUACAUCGCUAAAGUUUAUAAUAAAGAGAAAGUGUAUUGUCAAAAGUAUUGUCCCGUGAUCUUCUCGUUUCAUUAUCCGCUUUUAUAAAAGUCAUCAACAAAUUCAAUGGAUUAUCUAUUUAUAACACUCUUCUUUUGUCAAACUUCUUUUUAAUACUUUGUCAAGAAUUUAAAAGAAUGUUUUAUUAGCUUAUUAUUUAACUAAUCGCUUCAUUGGAUUGUUGGAAAAUAGUUACAUUGCUCAACAACUCACUGAUUUAGCCAUAUAUAUCUAUACAUUUGAUACAACCAUCAAAUAUAUACUAUGCAUAAUUCAUGUUACAUACACUUUGAAGCCAAUAGACUAAGUUUUUGAUUCAUCCCCUAUCGGCCAAACUCUCUCCUUUUAGUAAGAAAAAAAUACAUAUAUGUAUUUAUGUAAUGGGUCCAGAGAUGAUCUCAAUCCAAAAUCUAAUCCAUCGGGUGUGCCACGUGGGAAAAGGGACGGGAAUGAAUUCAUUUUUGUAUGGGUAUUAAUUCCUAGGACUUUUUAUAAUUACCACUAACAGAUGCAAUGCAUUAUGCAAUGUGAGGUCCAGCGAAGACUAUAUAAGAUUCGGUCCAUUCGGAGGUCACAUGUUAGGUUGCAAAUAUAUAAUUAAAUACAAUAUAUUAUUAUGAAUGAUUUUUGUCACGAAUGUUCUAGUAUAGUGAUGUUAUCAGUACUUGAUAUGAUGGUUUUGUAGGAAAGAUUGGAGGUUAUACAUUAUGCACUGACUAAUCUUUCUUGAAUGUCGCUAGUUUAAGCAACUAGUGUCCAAUAAUAUUUUAAAACUGUAAAGUUUAGGAGAAUCGACUAGUAUAGACCCAUGGCCUUGUUAUUGCUUUCUAAUUUUUGGAGUGGCAGGUUUUGUUUGAACCUUUCACCGCUAACAGGAGUGCUCAUUUUUAUUGCUCGAAGUAGUAGUGCAGAACAUGUUCUAGUCAUAGUCGCUUUGGGGCAGCAGUCUUGGUUAUCUCUUUUGUUUGAUUAUGAGCGUUCCCCCUUAGUUUAGUUUCACAUGGGUUGGAGUUGUAUUUAAUAUUUUUUGUGUAAAAACUGUCCUGGUUGUCAUAUUUAAUGAAAAUCUUUCAGAUGAAAGAAAAAGUCAGUUCAAACUCAUCAACUCGUCGUGGUCUGAUGGUAAAAGAACUUCGGUUGAGGUGCUCGCCAUCACGAGUUCAAGCCUCGAUCACAACAGAUUUAACAUGGUUUUCGUUUGGCCUCCAAUACAUUUCUCGCUAGUUUCAGUUGAACGCAGUGGGAUAGUCAGAAUAAGUAAGAGGUCCGGAUAUCUGGAUUAUCAAAAAAAAAAACUCGUCCUUGCAAAAAAAAAACUCACCAACUCGUAUAUAUUUCUUAAAAUAAAAUGUGCAUGAGGGGUCGUAUCAUGUUUGUGAUAAAAUAUCAUGGUAUAAACAUGCAAUCAAUCAUUUUCCAAGUGUCUUUUUACAUAUAAUUGAGAAUUUUGGUACAAAUGUAAUGAGAAAAUAAUAGAGAACUCAAAAUAAUAUAAUAAUAAAUACGAGGCUCGAGGUAUUUUUAAUAACUUUGCGUAGGAAGAUAAAUUGGGGGAAACCUCCACGUGGAUCAAGUACCGAUGCUUCCGACAGCCUCGACGUGGUAAAACAGCUUAGCUCUGCUCUGCCAUUUUGACCGCACGUGACUUUGCUUCCGUGCACGUGUGGAUCAACCAGACUGUGCGAUUGCAUCGCUACGUCAUGAGUCGUCCGAUUGCACCUGUCAAACAAAUGGACGUCUCCGAUAUCAGGUCUCACUUUCAUCAUGUGUGGGUCUUACUCUUAUCCAUGUGCGAUAGAACAUGUUCACAAUCUCGCUUAAGUUGAUAGAAGCAAGUAGAUAGAUCAUAGAUACAACAAUAGCAUAUACCUUCAGAGUCUUUCUUUUGCAUCAUUUUGUCUAUUAUUCUAUUGACUUCUAGUAUUCUAUAAUCAUGGUGAAAAAAUAUAUCAAUUUCUCCGACUCUGUGACUUCAAAAAUGACUACACAAAAUAUGUUAACAAUAAAAGAACUAGAUGUACAUUGUAUAUUUACAGUUAGACAAAUUUUUGUUUCUACUCCUCUCAAAGUUCCCUAUAACUUUCCAUAUCAGGCUUUUAAUUACUCUGGUUUAACAGUUCUCGACAGUUGAUUUUCUUCUUUGGCUAGUGGCUACUAUACUAUUUCUCAUAUCUUAAAGCUUUCACAUAUGAACAUUCAGUCUAAAGAACCUAACAUGCUUUGAUCAUUCAACCAGAAAACAUGAUUCGACUAUUUUAAUGCGUGCACACAAAUGCUUUUAGGCAUGCACGUAUUUUUACCAUCUCACCACAUGCAUAUAAAUAUUCAUCUAUCUAUAUAUUAAUUUAAUUUCAUAUAUUUGACAGUAUAUACAUAUGAGAUAAAGUUAAUAUGAUAAAUAUUUAGUCACUCUUACCUACUUACCCUUAACUAAUUCUUAGUUAUGUUAGUACAGUAAAAUUGAAUAUAUUUAAUUCUACCUAUUUAACAAGUGGGAAACUUUGGUAUAAAUUUGAUCUAUCAUGAACUAAAAGCUCACAAAUUUUAUAUUUUAGGUGCCAAAAACAUUAUGUAAUUAGAAUGUAGUCCUAAAUUCUGAAUAUUGAUUGUGAUAUAAUGGUUAACACAUUAAUGACAUAGAGAGUAGAGUUUUAAUCGGAGACUUCUUAGCAACAAUAUAUUGCUAUAGGUUGAUUCAGACCUUUUUGGUUUUAGACACCACCAAAUUAUGAGGGGUCGCGUAAGAAUUUCAAAUUCAAAAAUAUAUAGCCUGUCCACCAUGAUCGAGAAGCAGCAUAGAGGAGGGAAUAUGCGUGCAAAUUAUAUAAUAUAAGAUGCUUUUUAAUCUACAAAGUACGGUCGGAUUAAAUAAUUAUAAGAAUUCUAAAUCGUUGAAAAGCAAUAACUCGAUGUCCCAAAAUAAUAAACCUAUACUACAAUAACACAAAAUGGAUUUGAUCCAUUUGUCUUAAAAAAACAUCAGUAUUCAUUGAUAGUUAUAUUAUAUUGGAACGGUUAACCAAAAAAAAUAUUAUAUUGGAACGAAGACCUGUACGUAACUAGUAUUUGCAUUGAGGUUUCAUAUUUUUUUAAUACCAAUUUUAGAUUUCCUCCCAUAAUAUUUUGGAUAUUUGGAUCAAUAAUACAAUCUCUAAAAUAUAAAUCAUUUAUUCUCAAGUCGAAUUGAACUAGCAAUAAUAAAUACUUUGAUUUAUAACUUGAAUACUAGGUAGAUCACCAAAUCUUUUUAAGAAAAAAGAUUACCCACUAGUCCAUAUUUUUGGUUAGUAUUGCAAAAUUCUGAAUCAGUGUCCAUUAAUAAUUAUGGACCGGAACUGAACUAUGUAUUUGCCAAGAUAUGGCGUUAUCAUUCCUCACAUAAAUCAUAUUUGAUUCUAUAUAAUAUGUUCCAACAAUAAAAUAGUAUAAGUCUCUUUAAUCUUCUAUUCAUACUAUGUCUGGCCUUAAUUCAUGUUAUUUUUAAGCUUGAAGUGUAAAAAUAAUUUUUUUUUUGUCAAAAAUAAUUUCUUUAUUUUCUCCGCUAUUAGCUAUAAGCCAAAAAAAACGAAUAUAUCCAGAGAAGAAAACUCGAAAUCCUUGUCUUCUCUUGUAUUAUAUGUAUAUACUAUCAUAUGCGGUAUGUGUAUAUAGUAUUUUAAUAUUCAAAACUAUGAUUAUUGGAUCUAAUUUUUUAAAAAAUGUAAAAGGAAUAAUUUUAAGCUAAAUUCUCGUUGUGUAUAUUUUUAUGGCUUUCACCCUUCAACAAAAGUACUGCAGAGUCACUCACUUUCAGGGUACAUGAAAUAAUUUGAAGCUUCUCAACUCUUUUCACAUCACUCAAAUACGACACCGUCUCAAGUGAAGAAACUACUCAUUUCUUGUCCUAAAGCGAGUUAGGGUUUAACACACAAGUAGCACCCGUUUGAGUUGUGUCUCUUUGCUCAUUUUCGUCGGUUUGUGUAACCGAUCAACACAAGCUAUUGGCUCUUCACUCCCUGAAAUUUGACUUUUCUACUGUAUCUCACCAAAGUUUCUCUAUAUGAAGAACUCUUCACCCUCACAAUAUCAUUACAUUUGAACCAAAAGAACAAUAACCAGUAGAUGCGGCGGUGAUGGACGGUGGUUACGAUCAAUCCGGAGGAGCUUCUAGAUACUUCCAUGGCCUCUUUAGGUCUGAGCUUCACAACCAACUUCAGCAACAGGCUCAGGCUCAACCUCAACCUCAUCUCCAGCUUCAGCCAGAUGAUGAAUCUGACUCCAACAAGGACUCGGGUCGACUUGAUUCCGACCCGGUUACGUCGGGAUCAACUCCCGGGAAGCGUCCACGUGGACGUCCUCCGGGAUCUAAGAACAAGCCGAAGCCACCGGUGAUUGUGACAAGAGAUAGCCCUAACGUCCUUAGAUCUCAUGUUCUUGAAGUCUCAUCUGGAGCCGACAUAGUUGAGAGCGUCAACACUUACGCUCGCCGGAGAGGGAGAGGUGUCUCCGUGCUCAGUGGUAACGGCACGGUGGCUAACGUCGUACUCCGUCAGCCGGUGACGAUUCAUGGGAAUAAUGGUGGAACUGGAGCCGGAGUUGGAGGGGUUGUGACUUUACAUGGAAAGUUUGACAUUCUUUCCAUCACUGGUACGGUGCUUCCGCCGCCGGCGCCACCGGGAUCAGGUGGGCUGUCAAUCUUUCUUUCUGGUGGACAAGGUCAGGUCAUUGGCGGAAGCGUGGUGGCUCCGCUUGUGGCUUCAGGUCCAGUUAUACUGAUGGCUGCAUCGUUCUCUAACGCAACUUUUGAAAGGCUUCCACUUAAAGAUGAAGAAGAAGAAGGCGGAGGAGGAGGUCCACCGCCAGCCCCGACAGCAUCACCACCGUCUGGACCGGGCCAGGGAGAGAUAAGAGGUAAUCCGAGUGGUUAUGAUCAGUUUACCGGUGAUCCUCAUUCGCUUGGCUGGGUAGCCGGAGCCGCUUCAAGACCAUCUUUUUAAAUUUGAAAAUUAUGUCCGUAAAAUAGCUAUUAAAAAAAUUAAAAACAGUUUCAUGAUAAUAUAACAAUGACAUUCUCAAUUAUAUUUUUAAGUUCUUUUGAUUUUAAAUUAAUUUUAUCCUAAUAUGAACAUUUGGAUUCGUAUGUUUAGAUGUACUCUCCAUAGACAAUUCUCUUCUUACUCUCUUUUAGUCACUAGGGUUUUGUGCGGAAGCUAAAUAUUAUUUUUUCCGUUUCAUCUUAAUUGUCGUUUCUGAUUUUGGUACAUAGAUUAAAAAAUAUUUAAUUUUAUAUUUACUAAAUAAAAUAUUAUUACCAAUAUACAUAUUCACAUUUCAACCAAUAGAAAAAUAGAUUAUAAUAUAAGUCAAUAAAUUUUGCAAUGAAACUAUAAAACAACAUUUAUUUUAAAACAAAGAUUUUACUGUACAACGACAACUAAAUUGAAACAGAAAAACUAUUUAUUAUAUGCAUGACUUCACAAAAAUUGAUAUUAGUAGCUUAUAGCACAUAGUAUUGAAUUCAGUACUAAUAUGAAAGGUAAUCAUUUAAUCUGUGUAGCUAUGUAUAUCAACUAACAAACAUCUUGUUCUUUCAUUCAUUUAGUUACCACAUUUAUGAAAUCCUGGAAAUUGUAUACUUAAUUUGGAACUCUUAUGAAUAUCUUCUUUUGUUUAAGAUUCCAUGUAAUUAAAGAGACAGCUUUCUACAGCCUUGGGCAUACUGGAGACUUCAAAUCAAAUUUUAGCUUAAAAACCUGAUUCAAUCAUAUAUCUUUUAACAAAUUGACUUCUACUUUGUCUUCGAUAAGACCGAUAUGAAUCGUUCUUCGGUCUUAUCGAUCAAUCAUGGAAAUAACGCUAAAAUCAUAUAAAACCAAAAGUAACGCUUCAAAAAUUUACGGAAAAUUUAAAGAUAUCGGUUAUAGCAAUAACAUAUGCCUUCACAAGAAAAUAUAUUUUCCAUUACAGCAAUACAAACAUAGAAGUGGUUUUUGACAGUUACAACAACUACAUUAAUGGCAGAAACACGAGAAAGUUGCACUCAUGACCGGCUAACGUAGGGGGACAAAUGGUGCAACCGCCCCGUGUCCUUCCUAUCUCGAUAAUUAAGGAACCUAAUACUUUGUGUGUGUAUAUAUAUAUAGACAAAUUUCAAUAUUAAUUAAAUUUGGUUGAAAAUGAACCCCAAAAUAUUUUACAUGUAGAUAAUUUUUUCAUCACAAAUUUAUAAAAAUGUUGAUGAUAAAAAAUUUAAAUAUAUUUUAAUUUUAAAUAAACAUAAAUAUUAUGAGGUUAAAAAAAAUUAGCCCAAAGGUCCAUAUAAAUAUUUAGUCGGCCCUGAUUACACUACAUGGCCUGCUAGAUUCAAGACAUGAAAAAGUUUCCCUUUAGAAGAUCAGAAAACUCCACUACAACAUUACCAAAUGUUUUUUCAGGAUGUGUGAAAAUGAGGAGUGCAUCAAGUCCCUAGGGAAAAUAUGUAGUGACAAUAUAAAAUACAAAAUUUGAAGUUUCUUUUAUAAAUAACGAGGGUCGGUUCGCACGCGCAAACUAUGAUUUAUGCAUGAUGUAUAUAACUAUAUAUUAUUGUAUAUUUUUAUUGCGUUUAUUUUAUGUCAACAUUUGCAAAAGAAAUGUAUAAGAACAUCUAUGUUGUUAAGAAUCUUUGGAGGUGAGGGAUUAUGUAUGUUAUAUUUAUUAUGUGUAAGAACAUCUAUGAUUUACUUGUGUUAUAAGCAAGUUUUAUAUGAGUAUUGUUGGAAUGUGAUUAAAUUUUAUUUGUUAUGUUUCAGAGAACUUUCUAUCCAACAGAUUUGUAAUUUUAGCUUGUAUUGACAAAGUGAAACAAAGAUGAACUGAUUGUAUUUUUCAGAUGGUCAUUGGCCGAGUUAAAUAUAUUUUGUGUUCGUUUAAUUUUUGUUUGUUUAUAAACUUAUCCUUUCAAUAUCCCAAUUAAGUUGAUCUGUUUAUAGGCUCAUAGUGUUCAUACUUAAAAAACUGAAGUUGCAUUUCUUAUAAAAAGAUAUGGAAAUAUUGAAUGCUAUGAGAUUAUCAAAGCAAAACUAAUCAAAAAUACAAAUGUAUUAAUUUACAUGUUAGAUCAUGGAUUAUUAUUUACUCUACAAUUUGUUUGUAUUUCUGAUAUGUUAAACAGAUUAGUACACUGGAGUUUGCUCAUGGGAUAUGUUAAUAAUUUAGUCAAAUAAAUUUUUAAUUAAUUUUUAAAAUUGCAAAAAUGUAAUGAAUUUGUUAAAGAAACCUAUGAAAACAUAUUUUGUGUUUAAAAAAAUUAUGAAAGCAUAUGGAAAGUAAUUUUUUUUCUGUAUGAAUAUAUAAGACUGUAGAUUUUAUUCAUUUAAUAUAAUUAAGUAACAGAUUUAAAUUACUUAAGUAACUGAUUUACAGAAGAUCCUAACAUGUUUUCCUUUAUCUUUAGGUUAUAUGAUAUAAAUUAUUUUAUCAGUUUAUUUUAAUUUAUUAAUAUUAUGAAUAGUUUUGCAUAAUAUUAAACAAAUAAAUUGAAAAACGACUUAAAAUAAAAUAGAGGGACACAGCUUUGGAAGUUUUAUAAUAUUAUUUUUAAGUAAUUUUAAUAAAAAAAUUGUAAUGUGACUAUCUAAUAUAUAUAUAUUAUAUUUUAAUAAAAAAAAUUAGAAGCUUAAGAUAUUUUCCGUGGCAUUUUAGAAAAUAAAACGGUUGUCAAAGAUAUGUAAAUAUAUUAAUUGUGUUCAACUUCAACUUGUGGAUCUUUGUAUUCUUUAUAUAAAAUAUUAAAUAUAUCUAUGUAAAUAUUGUAGCUUUUUCUUGUUUAACGGGUUUUUUCCAAAAAAAAAAUAUUUAUCUGAAAGAGAGAAGAAUUAUGAUCUAACCAUUUUUUAUCAUACUUAAUUAAUUUUAAUGAAAAUAUUUGUCAAAUUCACAACUGAUUAAACCUCUAAUAAAUAUUUUUUGUUUAUUCUUGGCUUUCAAUUAUUUAUAAGAGAAUAUAUUUGUAUAGCUAUUCAUUCUUACAUAAAUUAAGAAAAUGGUGAAAGAGGUGCAACUGAAAGCAGAUAUUGAUGGACGAUAAUCAUGUCGUUACUUAAAAAUAUCUCUACAACUUUGUGCUCUUGAUUCAUCUAGUGAGUGAUUGUUCCUCUUGAGGCUUUCUGGUCUCCUUGUAUCUUCCUUACAGAUAGUAUGAUGUUGAUGACCUUGUAAACCAAAAUCAAAACUUGAGUGUUGAUCUGUAAUAUCUGUUCAAGCUUUGCAGAAUCUAGAGUCUUGGUUUCUUCCGGGUUUUACUUUCUGUCGUCCGCUGAUUGUUCUUAUCAUUCUCACUUGUUUCUGGUUUUGAAUAAUUUGAAGCGUAGUUCUUACAGUUUUCAACUUAUGAACACAAAACCAAACAAAAAAAAGUGAUCGGGCUUUCAAAUCUAACACUGAAUAAGAAGGUUUGUUAUUCCAAAAUGAAGGAAAUCAUAGAAUCAAGCAGCCGCAUUGACAAUAUAAUCAUAUAAUUUCGAAGCACCUGGAUUAUGCCACAGUAUCAAAAGAUUGUGAACCUUCCUCGAAGGAGAAUAAAUGGCUAUAAGGGAGUUGUCUGGGCAUCGUCAUUGAAGGUUGUCUUGAUGAGGCUGAUGUCUGCGAAGAGAAAGUUAGACAUCACUUAGUUUUAUUGCAGAACACUGGUGAUGAUGGAUAAAUGAAAGAUUUUAGACAAUGACGUCAGAUGUCCGAAGUUUUGGAACCUAAAGAGCUCUGUGAAAAUUGUAGUAGGUGGGGUGGUAAUUUCAAUGAACUUCGCAAGAAAGGUGAAGCGAAUGGCGAUGGAUGAAUGAAUUUCAGUGCUUGAAGUGAGUUUAACGCUAUAAACAUGAGUUUAAGAACAGAACUGUAAUAAGUCUUUAGAGUCCAAAAAGGUAAAUACAAACCACCUGCAAAAGAGACUUCCUCCAUUUGAGUAACCACUCUUAAUUGAAACCAAAAACCAAUGAUGUAAAUAUAUAAGUAAAAGUCACACAACCUUUCUGAUCUCCUGAAGCUAUAGUUUAUAUUGUUUUAAUGGUGAGGAUGGUGGUGUUUGGCUCGUCGAUAUCCAAUGCUUGGUUCUUUUUUUACGACUGUAUAUCUUCUUCCUCUUAGGAAUAUUUGACAUGUAAACAAAAGAUUCAACUUAGUAACUUUUUACUGAUACAAACGAUUGAAACUUUUCAAGUAAAAGUAACAUAGCUUACUUGGAGACUGCAGAAAGCAAUUUGAUGAUGAAUAUGAGAGAGAAACCAAUCCAAGCUGUUGCCUGUUGGAAGUACAAAAAAAACUUUAGAAAGUUAAAGACUUUGGGAAGAUUAUGAAUUGCAUUUGCAAAUGGUAGAGAACACGUACCUCAACCCAAAUCUAAAUUCAUGGUAGCAACCGGGUUGGUAAUCUCAUUGUUUUUCAGCAUUUCUUGAGCCUUGGUUUUCAACAGAGUGAGCUUAUUAAACUUUAAUAUUGAAUUAAAAAAAAAGCUAACAGGAAACAUGGUCUAUACAUACAUGCUGAUGCGCGAGUUUAGCCAACUUUUUAAAGCCAUGCCUUAUGCUUUUGGUAUAUGGCCCUUAGACGACUUGUACUCUCUCCAUGUUUUACGGUUGACAUUCACGGUGUCCCGGCAUCAUGAUCGCCUGAACAUAUGUGAAUUAGACAGAACAAUCAACAAACGGUUUUAAAUUGUCUUAUUCUAAAUAUAUGUAAAACAAAAACCUAAACAUGAAAGCUUGGUGAUAUGGAUUCAACACAAUGGAAAAUUUAUUAAAAUAUAUGACCAGAAAAAUAUUUUAGCUAUGAACCCAAGACAGAAGAACACAACUUACCCGUGAAUUGAGUAGGAGCAUAUCCACUCCCACCGCGUCGGACGUUCCUGGCCUCUUAGAAACGGAGCAACCACACUUGAACGUUGGAAGAGCAUCCUGAUCUUCGAAUCAGAAAGAAAGAUUGUUGCGUCAGCCAUUCCUCAGAAAAUUACUAUACAUGUUUGUUUUGAUGGAAUGAGGAGAUGGUUCUCGGAGUAAGAAAGCUUACCUUUUUUAUAGUAGCAGUUCCACUAAUUUACAGGAGUGAAACUCGAAUUGAAGGUAGAUCGUGGGUAAUGGAUUUAAUGAAGACUUUAAUAUGAUGAAUCUGUAGCUGGUAUCUUCUCGGAUUGUUAGGAAGAAGAUGAAACAACACUUUGGAAAGUCUAGGUUGUGAUUAGACGGGGAAGACGACAACAGGUUCAAUCCUAAAUUCAAAAGCGUCGCAUUUCGAAACACAUGGAUUUCUCUUCAUCAGCCAUGGUGGCGGUAGUAAGCAAAUUAUAAGCCCGACAACAAACAUAUGCCCACAUAUAUCACACACCAACUUAAAUGAAACGCAACGCUUUGUCAAGAGGGACACGUGUCGGUUUUCUGGAGAGCUUAUUUGAUGACAUGAAGACCUGAUAAAGGAGAGAAACUCUUCUUUACAGUAAAAAAAUACAUAGAUAUAUAUGAAUGAAGAAAAACUUAUGUAAUCAAUGCAUGACCAAAAGAGAUUUGUGGUGAAAUAUCUCCAAUGAGCUGGGGAUAUUUUUCAUUUAUGUCGGUUACCGGUAAGAGAUCGACUAAUUUCAGGUUCUUUUGAUAACAAAAACAUACAUCAUAUCAAACAGACUUACAAAAUGGAUAAGUGAUAUAUUGAGAGGUUCAUAUUUGUUUUUCUCUUUGGCUUCUUAAGGCUUGAAGAAUGUGAAGAGAAUUAAAGGGUAUUGUACUUUUGGAUACUUUUAGACACAUGCAACUGGAUUUUUUUUUAUCUUUUGAAGAUUUCCAAGUAGGACGUGUCAUGUGCCUUGCAUGCAAUUGAGCAACACAAUACUAUAUAUGAACAAGAAAUUGGACCAUAUUUUAAUUUGUUUAUUGGAUCUCUAUAUAUAUGUCUUGGUCGUUGUGUGUGUGUGUUUCUUCUACUUACGCUGAUAAUUAAACAUAAAUACAAUAUAUGCUGGCUGUAACUUGUAACUGGUAAAACAUUUCGAAAUUCAUGGAAUUAAAAUAAAUGAAACUGUAGGAAAGAAAUACAAUAAAAAAUGGAAUGAAAUUCAUUCUAUUUAUUCAUGACCAAUUUAUUAUGAAAUGAUUCUCUUUAUAUUUUAUCUAUUUGGUUGUGGAAUUAGUGGAAUGAGUAUUUCAUUCUAUUCAUAUCAAAUGGUAAAUUUUUUAAAAAAUUAAUAAAAUAUGUCAUUCCACAUCAUUUCAUUCUCUAAGAAUGGAAGUAGGCUUGCGUCUAAAAAUCAACAAUCCAAUUGCAGCCGCGAUGAUCAGAUGUAUAUAAAAUCUGUUACAAAAAAUGAUAUAGACAUUCUACACGCUACGUAUAGGCCAUGAAGCAUGCUACCAUAUGUGAACUGGGCUGGGAACAAAGUUUAGGUAAUUCUAAUUCAAUCUUAAUUAUGUUUGGUUACAAGAAACGUCACAUUCGUUAUAGUAUUUAACAAAUUUUGUUAGAAGAUUAAUAUAGAUUUUUAAUAAUAUUUCCUACUUAGUAAAAAUAAAUAAAGAUUACACAAUGAUAAAUGUUAUAUGCCGAAAUAUUAAUCUAAGCUACAUAUCAGUAAUUUAAGAAUAAUAAUCUAAUAUAGUUCUUUUCAAGCUAAUACUAAUAUGAAGUAUUUUGAAAAACUAUUAAACGAAAUUUAUAAUUUUGCUUGCAGACAAUAUUAUACCAAUGUAAGGAAUUAGAUUAAUUUGAAAUAAAACUCUCAUAUAUAUAUAUAUAUAUAUAAUAAAAGAA